GCAUUGUCCGAGGCGAUUCAUGAACCAAUGCAGCUAGAUGCGGCAGCGUCAAUAGAGACAGUAGUGGUUCCUCAAGAUAUCAGUGCAUGUAAGUCAACAGCAAGCGACUGCUACGCUAUAAUUAGCUCGCUGAAAACUGCCUGCCUACAUACAUACACGUCUAGUUGGAUAUUGGUCGUCUAUCUCGCAUGAAAUGGACUCUUCCCUAUUCGCUUUACCCCCUGCUCCUAUCUUUCCGUAUCAUUGCAUUCUGUCUUAUGUUUUUUCUCCGAUAUUUGUACCACUCAUCAUGCAUUGCACAUCACACCCCUCCAGUCGUUUUCCCACCCCAUCACGAGGCUGAACACCUCUCUCACGUGGCUCUUGUCCUGGUGGAAGAGAAUGUUUCUUUUACAAGAUGAACGGCAAACGACCAUCAAAUUCAGCCUGUCUCUAUACUCUCUUGUCACUUUACCCCGCUUAGUCGUACAACUCUGGUUUCUUUUGUUCUCUCAAUCCCUUGAUUCCUUUCUCCUCUUCACUCACCCCUCUGGGCUCCAAGCAGGGAGACGGCCGCUAAGUUAACCAAGACAAGCCUCUCUGGUAGUACUAACAAUGACUCUAGCAUCACCACUCACAGAGUCCACCCUUUCCCCAGUGUAUUAUGAAGAUCCACUGAGUCAUACCAACUUCUCCGAAUUACAAUCCCAC